GUGUGUGUGUGUGUGUGUGUGUGGUGGGGGUUGUUACAUUUGUCUUGCUUUAAAUGUUUGGGUUUUUAUGGGAAUGGGGACACGUAAUGGAUAAGCAAAAUAAUAAGAGAAUAAAUCAGUAGAUAAAGUAAAGGUGUAUAUACAAAUUUGCAAACAAAUGAUUUAAAGUUCCCUGCAUGAGGACAAAAAAUCCAGUUUCAUUGUAAUUGCAGUCUCUCUUUAAACAAUGACUCCUGACAUUUCCAGGGAACUGUCACAGUUUUGAAAUGUGUUUGGGGAAAUCAUGUCAUCUCUGCAAAACUGUCCACAUGAUGUCACAUAUGUAAUGGCGAGAAUCUAAUUUAUCUGUAAUAUACACAACAAAAAUAUGUUGUAUGUAUAGAAACACUGUAUACAGCUCUGGAAGGUCACGUGACCAGACUGUCGGUGAUGCAACGCUGGUGCACGCGGUCAAGUAAAUACAAGUUUAGAUGUCACAUUGAUAACAAUUUGCUCUUUAACAACUGAAAUAUAAACAGCACGGAAAUCGAGGGAUGGUGUAGAAAACACGAGGACAGAAAUUUUACUACAGUAAAAGCUCACAGCUAUUUUCAUUAUCGCGCGUUCGCGUGCGCUUUAUUCUGGACUCGGGACACUUACGUCAACAGAAAGAGUUGCCAGAUUGGAGAAUUAUAAACCGUUUGCUCGUCUGGCGCUACAUAAACUCCAUUUGAUUUAAAACAUAUUGCCUUAAAUAUAGGGGGAAAUGAACACUACUAUACACGUACAAUACAACUGGGACGUAUUUAUAGCUAGUGAGAUGUAUUAAAAUGAUGGAAAUUUAUUUUAGAUUGAUCCAAUCUGGCAACCCAGAUAGGAGGAGAGAGAAUGAGAGAGAACCAGAGAGAGACAGAGAGAGAGAGAGAAAGGGGGGAUUUGCAGAUUUCCUCACAGCAUCACAGAACCCACAGCACUCCUGAGCGUGAAUGCACCGUGAUCAUUACCGAGCGCGCAGCUUGUGCACGCGCUGCCUGUGCGCAUGAGAGGCGCCGAGGCCCCGGUUUCCGGCAUGUAGGAUCCAGAGCCAUGAAAAUGCUGCGCCUCCGGAGCUCGAGCGUGUCCUCGCUCAGCCGGGAGAUCCACUGCACCGUGCGCCUGCUGGACGACUCGGAGAUCGCCUGCAGCAUCCAGAGAGACACAAAAGGUCAGUUCCUGCUGGAUCAUGUAUGUAACCACUACAGUCUCCUGGAGAAGGAUUACUUUGGCAUCAGAUACGUGGAUCCUGAGAAGCAGAGGCAUUGGCUGGACCCCAGCAAACCCGUGGUCAAGCAGAUGAAAUGUCAGCAGCCGUACACCAUGUGCUUUCGGGUGAAGUUCUACCCCCAGGAACCCAUCAAGAUCAAGGAGGAACUGACCAGAUACCUGUUGUACCUGCAGCUGAAGCGGGACCUGUACCACGGCCGGCUCCUGUGUCCGCUCGCCGAUGCCGCUUAUCUUGGCGCUUGUAUAGUGCAGGCUGAACUCGGCGACUACGAUGUAGAUGAGCACCCGGCCGACUAUAUCAGCGACUUCAAAAUGUUCCCCAAACAGAGCCUCAAACUGGAGCGCAAGAUCGUGGAGAUCCAUCAGAAUGAGCUGAGGGGUCAGUGUCCAGCCCUGGCUGAGCUGAACCUGCUCCAGAGAGCUCACACCCUGGACACAUACGGCGUGGACCCUCAUCCCUGCAAGGACUUCACCGGAGCAACGGCAUUUCUGGGAUUCACUGCCCGGGGCUUUGUUGUUUUCCAGGGAAACAAGAGGAUCCAUUUGCUAAAAUGGCCGGAUGUCAGCAGAUUUAAGUUUGAAGGGAAAACGUUUUACGUUAUCGGAGUACAGAGAGAGAAGAAACUGGUUUUGACGUUCCACACCUCCACACCAGCAGCCUGUAAACACCUAUGGAAAUGUGGCAUAGAAAAUCAGGCAUUUUACAAAUGUGCAAAAUCGAGUCAGAUCAAAACUGUCAACAGCAGCAAUAUAUUUUUCAAAGGGACCAGAUUUCGCUACAGCGGUCGUGUUGCUAAAGAGGUGAUUGAAGCCAGUUCGAAGAUCCAGAGGGAGCCUCCAGUCUUUCACAGGUGUCAAUUGGGUCAGAGCAGAAGUUUUACCUCGCUCAGCCAUAAGCACCUCAUAAUGAACAUGGAGCCGCUGCUGCCGGCGCUCAGCUCAAACAGAGAAUACAGGGAGGCCUCGGCUGACAGCGGUCUCCUGGCCUUGAAAGACUCGGUUCACUUGUCCCCACUGAAGCCUUCCAUGAUGCCAGAAGACCCUGAGCUGGAGGAGAUGGAGUGCCAUGUCCAAGAGACAGGACAGGAAGAAUCAGCCAUUCCUGGCACUGGACUGGAGGAAGAAAGGAGCAAGCAGGAGGUAGAGGAGGACGAUGAAGACGGGUCUCACGCCAUCUCAGAUACAGCGUACAGCCCGUGUUCAAGCGUGAUGCCCACGCCGGUGGAGGAAAAGCAUGGUGGUGUGGACUUCCUGUUCCAAAGCCCUGGGCGUUUGCUGAAGGAACUCCACGCCGAUCCGGAAAUGCAGGCAGAGCUUUGGGCUGAGCGACAGCGAGAUUUGACCCGAGAGGCCGCCCGUCAGUCACUGUGUAGCCAAUCAAACGGCACGCCACAGAUCCAGGCAUUCCUCCACAGCGCUGUCCGACUCAUAGCCGUAGCUUCAAUCCUGCUCCUUCUCCUAUUGGUCCUCUUGCUGUUUCUGCUGGAGUCUGAUCUGGACGUUUCCUUCCUACAAGACAUCCGAGAGACGCCCGAGUUUGAGCAGUUCCACUAUGAGUACUACUGCCCGCUGCGCCGCUGGCUCUGCUACAAACUCGAGCUCCUGACAGAGCAUCUGUGGGGAGACUGACACUAACAUCUAACAGUAUACGGCUACAGGGCCCUCCAUCAGCAGGGAUGAACUAUUGGGACAUGGGGAGGGGAAUGGACUGACCAGGAAGGAAGGUUUGCUCUCGAACUUCAUGCUGGGUUUUUUUUAACUUGCACCCUCAGGCUGGAUUCACCCUCCACUGUACGCAAAGCCAUGAAUUGUAGGCGAGCUGCAAAUGCUGAGCUGCAACUCAAAUGUUCCAGGCAAGUUGCAGAGUUUUAGUGGUAGCAGUGAAUGAGUAGAAUAGAUCUGUAGCAACAACACCAAAAAAACAGAGCAGCUAAUCAGUCUGAAUGAAGCUUCAAGAGGGGAUGCACCGAUCCCAUUUCUUCAAUCCCAAUCCAAUACUGAUAUCAGAGCUGUAAUUCUCACCUUACAGCUGAUAUUGAUUAGAUACUGACAUUAUCCUGUCUGAACCCAACAGAGCUUAACAAUUCCUCAGAACAAUUUACAGCUUAACAAUUACAGUUUCAGAAUUCCUCAGAACGUCAGGGAAUACGGCCUGGCUUUUAGCAUCUCGUUCAAUCCUGUUUUAAUAUACCUUAAACAUUUUUAUACCACAGCACUGUUAAACUCUCAAGUCUGUUUGGUCAGAAGGUGUAUAUAACAGUGGCAGUAGUUCAUCUGAAAGGCAAAUCACAGGUUCUAAUUCUGUACGUUAUCAUAUCUAUAGGAACAGGUCAUUUACAAGCACUAUUAUGGAGGCUGUUGUACAUGAAUGGAUUAAAAAAGUGUGUAAUUGUUCAUAUUGUGCAGUUUUCUGUCAUGAGACAUUCCUUGUACAUUUUUGGAAGGAGUCUCCAGUGUCGGCUCUUCGUUACAGUCAGAGUUAAAGCUGUAACUUUAAGUUUCUUCAGGAUGGAGGGCUUGGAGGUAACAUGACAAGCUUACUAUGUUCAAGAGAGCAAAAACAGAGAGGCUAGUGAAGGAAAGACUGUUAAUAGCUGCUAUAAUGUAAGUGAUAAUAGGAAGUAACUUGGUUCACAGACGCUCUACAGCAUCAAACAUAACUAUAAAUGGAAAUGGAUUGAAAAAUGUAAAAAUUGUCAUGAAAAAUUGCGCAAAUAUGGAAGAUGGAAGAGGAAGAAAGCGUUUAGGGACAUGCUGUUAUUGGAAAAUAAUAGUACGUGCCAAAUCUACAUGCCAGCACUGAGAACACUGCACUGGUAGGUUGUGUAAUGUUAAUUACGUUAACGUAACUUUCGGGAUGUUGUUUGAAGGUUAACAAAA